AGCCCCGCGCUCCUGGUUCCUCCCCAGCCUGCGCUGGAGCCACAACUUUCAGGAGCAUGGAUUGAAGGCGCCCUCGCCCCAGCGCCUCUUUGAGAUCCUUUGUGUUUUCCUUCAUUUCGUCCGGUCGUUUCUAUUUUGGGGGGGCUCUUUGCUUCCCCCUCCUCUCCCCUCCCCUUCCCCGCUCGCAAACAUGCCUCCUUCCUUUCCCGGGCCCUGGAAGGAGCUGCCUGCCUGAAACCGGGAGACGCCGCGCCGUGCUCAGCCCCGCCGCCGCCCUCAGGCUCUUGGCUGCGCUGCGCUGCCGACUCAAGUUGGGGAUCCUCGGCUGUUGGCCGCUGCCUCCUGCGGUCCCUGCCUGCCCCGGGCCCGGGGCAUCGCUGCCGCCUUCGACUCCUCGCCCUGCUCGCUCGGCUCGUUCGUUUUUGAAAGGAAAGCAGCCCUUCUCCUCUGAGGAUCGUCCCCAGCGUGGCUCCACGUUCCUGGUCACUUUUUGAGAUUUUCCGGGGGGCGCUCGGCGGCUUCUCGGAUUCCAGGGGGACUCGGGCCGCUGAGCACGGGGGGCCAGCAGAGCGGGCGAGAACGGGAAGAGCCCCAGGUUUAGCGGAGGCUCACACGGAGGCAAGAACUUAUUCAACAAGUUUACCCCUCCUGCCUUCCUUUUUUCGAUGUGCGUUUUUGGACAUGCGGAGGUUACUGGAACCGUGUUGGUGGAUUUUGUUCCUGAAAAUCACCAGUUCCGUGCUCCAUUAUGUCGUGUGCUUCCCGGUGUUGACGGAAGGCUACGUCGGGGCCCUGCACGAGAACAGACACGGCAGCUCUGCGCAGAUCCGCAGGCGCAAGGCCUCAGGCGACCCGUACUGGGCCUACUCAGGUGCCUAUGGUCCUGAGCACUGGGUCACGUCUAGUGUCAGCUGCAAGGGCCAUCACCAGUCUCCUAUAGACAUUUCAGACCAGCAUGCACGUGUUGGUGAAGAGUACCAGGAGCUGCAACUUGACGGCUUUGACAAUGAGUCUUCUAACAAAACCUGGAUGAAAAACACAGGGAAAACAGUUGCCAUACUUCUAAAAGACGACUAUUUUGUGAGCGGCGCUGGCCUGCCUGGCAGAUUCAAAGCCGAGAAGGUGGAGUUUCACUGGGGCCACAGCAAUGGCUCUGCGGGCUCGGAACACAGCAUCAACGGCAGGCGGUUUCCUGUGGAGAUGCAGAUUUUCUUUUACAAUCCAGACGACUUUGACAGCUUUCAAACUGCAAUUUCUGAAAACAGAAUAAUCGGAGCCAUGGCCAUAUUUUUUCAAGUCAGUCCAAGGGACAAUUCUGCCCUGGAUCCUAUUAUCCAUGGGUUGAAGGGCGUCGUCCAUCAUGAGAAGGAGACCUUUCUGGAUCCUUUCAUCCUCCGGGACCUCCUGCCUGCAUCCCUGGGCAGCUAUUACCGGUACACAGGUUCCUUGACCACCCCGCCAUGUAGUGAAAUUGUGGAGUGGAUAGUCUUCCGGAAGCCUGUCCCCAUCUCUUACCAUCAGCUCGAGGCUUUUUAUUCCAUCUUCACCACGGAGCAGCAAGACCACGUGAAGUCAGUGGAGUACCUGAGAAAUAACUUCCGGCCGCAGCAGGAUCUGAAUGGCAGGGUGGUAUCCAAGUCUGCAGUCCGUGACGCCUGGAGCCGUGACAUGACAGACUCCCUGGAAAACCCACUGGGGACAGAGGCCUCUAAAGUUUGUAGCUCUCCGCCCAUCCACAUGAAGGUGCAGCCGCUGAACCAGACGGCACUGCAGGUGUCCUGGAGCCAGCCGGAGACCGUCUACCACCCGCCCAUCAUGAACUACAUGAUCUCCUACAGCUGGACCAAGAACGAGGACGAGAAGGAGAAGACGUUCACCAAGGACAGCGACAAAGACUUGAAAGCCAUCAUUAGCCAUGUCUCGCCUGACAGCCUUUACUUGUUCCGUGUCCAGGCUGUGUGUCGGAAUGACAUGCGCAGCGACUUCAGCCAGACCCUGCUCUUCCAAGCUAACACCACUCGAAUAUUUCAAGGGACCAGAAUUGUUAAAACAGGAGUGCCCACAGCGUCCCCGGCCUCCUCUGCAGACAUGGCCCCCAUCAGCUCGGGGUCCUCCACCUGGACGUCCUCCGGCAUCCCCUUCUCGUUCGUGUCCAUGGCCACUGGGAUGGGCCCCUCCUCCAGCGGCAGCCAGGCGACGGUGGCCUCGGUGGUCACCAGCACGCUCCUGGCCGGCCUGGGCUUCGGCGGCGGCGGCCUCCCCUCCUUCCCCAGCUCCGUGUGGCCCACGCGCCUGCCGCCGGCGCCCGCGACGGGCAAGCAGGCCGGCCGGCCGCCCCUGGCCACGACCGAAGCGGCCGCCUCCCCGGGCCCGGACCGCGACCCGGCCCCGACCGAGCACGGCGAGGGCGCCGAGGACGGGGGGAAGGACGAGAAGGGCGAGAGUGAGGACGGCGAGCGCGAGCACGACGAGGAGGGCGAGAAGGACGCGGAGAAGAAGGACAGGGGCGGGGCGACCCGCGCCCCCCGGGGCCGGGGCCGGGAGGAGCCCACCGCGGCCCCCUCGCCUCCCGGCGCCACCGCCCAGGGCGGCGGGCCUCGGACUACACCCGGGCGCCCGCGGGAGCACAGCGCCGCCCCCGCCGGCCGGCCCGGGGGCGCCCCGGCUCCCGACCCCGGCCUGCGCCCCGACGCGGCCACCGCCGCCCCGGCGCGCCCCACUGCCGUGGAGGAACGCCCCGGGGGGAGUGACCCCAGCGGGCCUGGAGCACCGUCUGAGAAGCCUGUGUCCCGAGGGGACCGGUUUUCCGAGGACAGCAAGUUUAUCACCGUUAAUCCAGCAGAGAAGAACACCUCGGGGAUGACCAGCCGCCCUGCCCCAGGGAGGAUGGAGUGGAUCAUCCCCCUCAUUGUGGUGUCAGCCUUGACCUUCGUGUGCCUCAUCCUUCUCAUCGCUGUGCUAGUUUACUGGAGAGGGUGUAACAAAAUAAAGUCCAAGGGCUUUCCCAGACGUUUCCGUGAAGUGCCUUCUUCUGGGGAGAGAGGAGAGAAGGGGAGCAGAAAAUGUUUUCAGACAGCUCAUUUUUAUGUGGAAGAUAGCAGUUCACCUCGGGUGGUCCCCAAUGAAAGUAUUCCGAUUAUUCCUAUUCCCGAUGACAUGGAAGCCAUUCCUGUCAAACAGUUUGUUAAACACAUCGGGGAGCUCUAUUCUAAUAACCAGCAGGGGUUCUCCGAGGAUUUUGAGGAAGUCCAACGCUGUACAGCUGAUAUGAACAUCACUGCAGAACAUUCCAACCAUCCAGAUAACAAGCACAAAAACAGAUACAUCAACAUUUUAGCAUAUGAUCACAGUAGGGUGAAGUUAAGACCUUUACCAGGAAAAGACUCUAAGCACAGCGACUACAUUAAUGCAAACUAUGUUGAUGGUUACAACAAAGCAAAAGCCUACAUCGCCACCCAGGGACCUUUAAAGUCUACGUUUGAAGAUUUCUGGAGGAUGAUUUGGGAACAAAACACUGGAAUCAUUAUCAUGAUUACGAACCUUGUGGAAAAAGGAAGACGAAAAUGUGAUCAAUAUUGGCCAACAGAGAAUAGUGAGGAGUAUGGAAACAUCAUUGUCACACUGAAGAGCACAAAAGUACAUGCUUGCUACACUGUCCGGCGUUUCUCAGUCAGAAACACAAAAGUGAAAAAGGGUCAGAAGGGAAACCCCAAAGGCCGUCAGAACGAAAGGGUCAUCAUCCAGUAUCACUACACGCAGUGGCCUGACAUGGGGGUCCCCGAGUACGCCCUCCCAGUCCUGACCUUCGUGAGGAGAUCCUCAGCGGCCCGGACGCCGGAAAUGGGUCCUGUGUUGGUGCACUGCAGCGCUGGUGUGGGCCGGACGGGCACCUACAUUGUGAUAGACAGCAUGCUGCAGCAGAUAAAAGACAAAAGCACAGUGAAUGUCCUGGGCUUCCUGAAGCAUAUCAGGACACAGCGUAACUACCUCGUCCAGACUGAGGAACAGUACAUUUUCAUCCAUGAUGCCUUGUUGGAAGCCAUUCUUGGAAAAGAGACUGAAGUAUCUUCAAAUCAGCUGCACAGCUACGUUAACAGCAUCCUCAUACCAGGAGUAGGAGGAAAGACACGGCUGGAAAAACAAUUCAAGCUGGUCACACAGUGUAACGCGAAAUAUGUGGAGUGCUUUAGUGCUCAGAAGGAGUGUAACAAAGAGAAGAACAGGAACUCUUCAGUUGUGCCAUCUGAGCGUGCUCGAGUGGGUCUUGCACCGUUGCCUGGAAUGAAAGGAACAGAUUACAUUAAUGCUUCUUACAUCAUGGGCUAUUAUAGGAGCAAUGAAUUUAUUAUAACCCAGCACCCUCUGCCACAUACUACGAAAGAUUUCUGGCGAAUGAUCUGGGAUCAUAACGCGCAGAUCAUUGUCAUGCUGCCAGACAACCAGAGCUUGGCAGAAGAUGAGUUUGUAUACUGGCCAAGUCGAGAAGAAUCCAUGAACUGUGAGGCCUUUACCGUCACCCUUAUCAGCAAAGACAGACUGUGCCUCUCUAAUGAAGAGCAAAUUAUCAUCCAUGACUUUAUCCUGGAAGCGACACAGGAUGACUAUGUUCUAGAAGUUCGGCACUUUCAGUGUCCCAAAUGGCCUAACCCAGAUGCCCCCAUAAGCAGUACCUUUGAACUUAUCAAUGUCAUCAAGGAAGAGGCCUUAACAAGGGACGGCCCCACCAUUGUUCACGAUGAGUACGGAGCAGUUUCCGCAGGAAUGCUGUGUGCCCUCACCACCCUGUCUCAGCAAUUGGAAAAUGAAAAUGCUGUGGACGUUUUCCAGGUUGCAAAAAUGAUCAAUCUUAUGAGGCCUGGAGUAUUCACAGACAUUGAACAAUACCAGUUUGUCUAUAAAGCAAUGCUCAGCUUGGUCAGCACUAAAGAAAAUGGAAAUGGUCCCAUGGCAAUGGAUAAAAACGGUGCUGUUCUACUUGCAGAUGAAUCGGACCCUGCCGAGAGCAUGGAAUCUCUCGUGUGAUCGGAAUCCUGAAGGGGCACUUACUUUGUAAAACUUCUGAAGACUGAGAACUUUUUUGAGGCCUUUUUUGCCAGACUCUAGGUUAUACAAUAACCCAGUUACUUUUUUACACUGAUAAAAGUUUUGAUAUUUAUUUUUUGUCAUUUUAUGUCUUAAUGGUAUCCUACUGAGCAUUUGCACCUCUGUUUAUUUCACACAGUGAAAAACCCAAUCUGACCUAGUUUGCACUAUCUGAUCAGUGUUACUGCCUAUAACCUAAUACUAAAGCAAACCUGACGUGACAUUCCAUGACAACAUACACGCUACUUUUCAGUUAAGUACAAGUGAAGGUCUUUGUUAGGACAGUGAAUCUUGUUUUUUUUAUUGUUAUUAUUAUUAUUAUCGCUAAGUAGUUGCACUCGGCUAGCAGGCAGUGCUGAGCUUUUCAUCAAGUCCCCCUCUCCUGUUUCUGUUUGGCCCUGUUCAGCACUGGACGCCUUCCGUACUGACACGGAGUUGCAGGGGCACUGUUCUCUUUUUACGAAAUAGCAGGUUAUUGGGAACUCAUAAGAAGGUCUGUCAACCUCAUGGCCUAGAAAUGGUUCCAUUUAUGGUGGUGAAGACAUCCAUUAAGAAAUUAGAAGGCGUAAGAGUUGGUUCAUGUGAACAUUACUUAUUAGUUAAAAUUAUAUUCAUAGCUUAAAAAAAUGCCCAAUUGUGUCAAAAUAAAGGAUUUCUCUGUAUUACAGUUUUCACAGUAGGUAUGUGGACAGUGUGUGUUAUUUCCAUUUUGACUCUGAAACACCUACACCCUAAAAUCAGACUAUCUUUCACAAUAGAGAGAUGGCAAUAUUUUUCACAUCUCAGUUAUGAAACCCUUUUAGUGUCUCUCCAUUAAUGCUUCUCGGUUCAUAGUAGUAAGUGCACUUCACAGCCGGUGGAAUACUGAAAAAUUUUGCAGGUGUGUUUUUAAACCUAGUCCUCAAAAAUAUCCCUAUUACUCAUAUAGUGAUCUAAUAAAAACUGCCUAUAGAGUUAAUAUUCUUUUCUUUCCUUUUUUGCCAAGUGUUUCCUGAUAAAUCCCAUAAUUGAACACAUUCUUCUACUUAGAUUAAUUUGAAAAUAUUGGAUUAGCAGAAGGCUUGGGAUUUUCUAGAUUCCACAUAUAGGUAAAUCUGAUUUGGAGAGAGAAAAUUAGAAUCUUGAAUAAAAGGUGAUACCAACAAUUGCAAAUGUUUUUUAAAACAAAGAUGGCUGGCUGUGCAUUUAAGUAGCUUAGUCUCAAGAACAGAUACACUUCAGUAGAAGAGGCCGAUCAUCGUUACACAAGGGCCCAAGGACGUGACUGGUCUAGCCUCUGGAGCCAUAUGCACCCUGCAGUAUAUAAUGGGAAAACUGCGAGCAUUAGGAAGAAGUUUCAGUUCAGUAAGUUAAAAAAAUGAGCUACUUACUGAGAUCUGUUUCAUUUAUUGCACAUUUGCUUUUGAGGGACAACUUCUGUCAGAAGUGAAAUCAUUCACCAGAACUGGGCCUGUUAAGAAGAAAAGAGUUUUGGUUAUAGCUGAUGUCCGCACAUUUUAACAAAAGUCCAUACUGGCUACUAUCAUAGUAUCAGACAUUAAAACAUUAAUGAUAAUCACUAUUUAUAAUGAGGUUCUGUUUAUCUUAAAUUGACUUUCUAUGAAAUUUGUCAAAGUGGUGCUGAAGGACCAAAACUGCUAAGGGGAGAGAGUACAGGCCAGGAUAACGGCGUUUUCAUGAACUACACACUUGCCAGGGUUAACCUCAUCUUUUCAUCACACAGAUUCAGCAACAUGGAACGGUCUGCUAUUCACAAACUGCAGCCUAGGCUGGAGGAAAGAUGUGCAAGCAAACAAAGUUUGCUAAAAAAGUAAGCACUAGGUGACAGACACUUUAUAGGCUCUCUGCUCCUUUCAGAGCACAUAGAAGCGUUACCUAACUUUUUUUUUUUUUAAAGCUUGAACACAGAAACACUGUGUAAGUGCCAGGAGGCUGAGGGGACUCAAGAAGGAAAAGAUUUCAGAUCCUGGCAAGGGCUAGAUUGUUUUAUUCAAUGAGGUAGGUUACUUUAGUAGAGACUGUUGACAGGAACUAACUCUUUUUGGUAGUUGGCACAAUGGAUUUGACUUUACGAAGUAAUGCUAGAGGUCAGGGUCAGGGACCCUCAGUUUUUUUUCUUAAUACAAGUAAACAUUGGUUAGAAGACACAUAGCGAGUAUUUCCUUCCGUGCUAUUUACAGAGGGCUCAAGCCAUGAAAAGGCAUACCCUCCAACACAUUUCUUGAUCAGCUCUUAAAUGGGUACCAGAGUCAUGCUAAUAAAGAAACAGCUAGAAAAUAGAAGCACUACAAGGAUGGUUUAGAAGUUCUCUAAGAGCAGCUGUGUGUCUAAGCAGGCUUGAACCAACAUCUACAAAUCCUGACUCACUGAGCUAUGAGCAACUGCUAUUUGCCCAUCUUGCCAAAGUGGUCCAAACCCCCUUCACUGGGGACGGUCACAUUCACAGUUCCUCACCGUCACCCUGCAUUGACAGAACUAUGUGUGCCUCUUCCCAGAGGCAGAGAGUUCCAAAGAUGGUGUUUUCUGUGAGACAUAAGCACAUUGCUUAACUACACUAAGAAGGUUAUUAGCACUUGGCACUCGGGAAAGGACGUAGCUAUCAUAAAUUAAUGUGCUUUUUAAUAAAAUAAGUGUAUUGGGUAUAUAGAUUUAGUGCUAGGUGAACAGAAUGCACUCAUCAUACUAACCUGAAUUGCAAAGAUCAGACUAAGUGGCAGUGCUGGGCAUCAAAGACAACACCUCAUUGCCAUCAGAAGAAUUCUUUCUUGCAUCUAAUACCCACAAAAUCUUCUCAUAUAUUUAAAAAAAAUAACUUCUGAAUGCCAACAUGUGUAAGAUUAAUUGGUUUUUCCUCAAUGUUUAUGUCUUGGGAGUUUUUACAGUCUGUUUCAAACUGAAGAGCCCAGUAAGGUCAGAGAAGGUUAUGGUGUUCAAGGCCUGGCUGUUAAAGAGUUUUUAGCCCAGAAUGACUUACUGGGAUCAACAAAUAACCUUAAUUAUUUUAUAAUGACACAGCACAACUGCCUUGUUACGAGUUUUUUCUUAAAUGCAUAUAUACUGUAUUUAAAAAUUAAAAUAUAGAUAACAAUUUACCAAAGACACAUAUUACUAAUUCUAAGCAAAAAAGUAAAAAAGCCCAAACAUCAUAAUUUAAGAAAUAUAAUCAAAAUGUACUCUUGUCUUAAGAUUUUAGCAGUUAUACUAGAAAAUGCAUUUCAACUCCUUUGUUCUGAAGUUUAUAUUCAAAUGGCGCCAGUGAAUUUUUAUAUGAAGGGAAAAUGCCUGCGUUUUUUUUUUCCUUAAAGGCUGUAAUUUCACUAACCCUUUUGUGCUUUCCCUUAGUUGCCAUUUAAUAUAUGACACUGGCUUUACUUACAUAGAAAGAAGACAUGAUACCAAUAAGAAGGAACUGUAACAAUGAUAUUUGGCCUCUACUUUGUCUUAGCUGUUAAACUGUUUUUAGUAUUUUUGUUAAAUAUUUGCAAAGGGAAGCAUUUUCUACAGAGGACAAUUAAUUUCAAGAAAAAUAUCUUGAGUUUUAAGAAAUAAACAUCUCCAGGAAAGGAGACAGCUGAUUUUAUAAAAUGUCACAACUCUCCAACAUUUGGGGUAGUGACUCCUUUUUUUUGUUAGGAUAUUUGGAACUAGCAAGCAGCCAUUGUUUCUAAAAACUCAGCUUUCGUGUUGAUUCGUUUCUUUCACUUCAUUCAGAAAUAGCUAAAACCAUUAAAACUGUAAAUAUUUUGUUGCUUGGGUAAGCAUCUUCUGGGAACUUUGUAUCUAUGGUAUAUAAUCAUAGAAUUUUAUAUUUUCAUAUAAAGCUAAUUUUUUUCUAGUUUCAACUCAGUCAUAGUUUUUUUUGUGUGUGUGUUUUUUUUCCCCGUGGUGGAUAUGUGAAUUUGACUUUCUGUGUUUUGAAGUAGCCAAGAGCCAUCUUUGCAUUCCAAAAGAAUCGAACAUGUGUUAUUUCUUUGAGGCAGUGAUUGUGAAAGCCGUAUUUUCUUUUUAAAUUCCACUGACCAUUUGUGCAAUAGGAAUUAGACAUGAUUAGUCACUGAAUACAUUCGUUGCAUUGACCCAUUUGGAGAAAGUGCGGCUUUUUUAAUUUGUCGGGGGGAGGGGUUUUAUAACCUGAAUUUUUUCCUUUUUUCUUCUGUUUAAGACUAUAUCAAAUCAUUCUAUUAUAGUGUUAUUUAAUAUGUAAAUUGUAUUGCUAUACAUUAAAAAUAAAGUAUGGUUUUUGAUGUAUUCA